AAUGCAAAUCAGCCAAAUGAACACGAGGAAGAGAUCAUUGAGUGAGUGAGUCUGAAGAAGAGACGCCCUUUUCCAAGGUGUUUUGUUUUCGAGCGCAAUCAGAGAGAGCGACAGACAGGGAGCAUCAGCGAGCUGCAGUGUCAGUAAUCUUGUACUUUGUCUCGAGUCAAGCGUGCAACCGGAUGUAAAGGUGAAGGAUAGGAUACAACUUGAAUUGAAAAAUAUUGUUCGUACGUUUGUUUCUGGGUGCAUUUGCUAAUGAGCUUGAGCUGAAUAUCGAAUGGUGUGCAGGGCACGCAAUAAGAGUCAAACAACACGUGGCUGUCUGUGGCGCCGACAUGGGGCAAGUACUAUCAGAACCAGUAACUGAGAAGUCCUCAAAGGAAAUGAGCAACAGCCAAUGGAUGGUUGGCUCGUCUUCCAUGCAAGGGUGGCGUGUAUCCAUGGAAGAUGCACAUACUCACAUUCUGACCAUGGAGGAUGACCCUGCGGCGAGCUUCUUUGCCGUGUACGAUGGCCAUGGAGCUGCAACAGUGGCUGAGUAUGCCGGUGUGGAUAUGCACAAGAGGAUUGUUGCUCAGGCACAAUACCGUGAUGGUGAUAUUGGUGGUGCUAUGAAGGCUGGCUAUAUGUCCCUGGAUGAAGAAGUUCUAGGAUGUCAAGAACGGUUUGGCCAAGCAGGAAGCACGGCUGUAUCUGUGCUAAUUCGUGAAAGCAAGCUAUAUUGUGCCAAUGUGGGUGACUCUCGCGCAGUCCUUUCUCGAACUGGCAAACAAAUUGCCUUGACGUAUGACCAUAAGCCUAGCCUUGAAGCUGAACAAGAUCGGAUCACAGCAGCGGGUGGUUAUGUGCGCUUUAACCGAGUUAAUGGUGGAUUGGCCAUGACGCGUGCAUUGGGUGAUGUAACAUUCAAAGGAAACCCCAGCCUGGCACCGGAUGCUCAGAUUGUUAUUGCAAUGCCAGAUAUUGUUACUGAUGAAAUCACUGAAGAUGAUGAGUUUCUCGUACUAGCGUGUGACGGGAUUUGGGAUGUCCUCUCCAAUCAAGAAGUGGUCGACUUUGUGCGUGAUAGAAUAUCAGCUAAACGCAUGCCCGUUGAUAUUUGUGAGGAGUUGAUGACGCAUUGUUUGGCUCCAGACUGCCGUAUUGGUGGAGCGGGUUGUGACAAUAUGACUGUCAUCAUAGCCUGCAUGCUACAUGGCGGUACGUUUGAUGAUCUGGCGGCCAAAUGUGCACGAAGCCGUCCGCAGACGCCACCUCCGCAGCUACCGCCCAGACCUACUGUUGUGCCUGGAAGUGGUGGUGCUGGCUGGUCAUCUGUUGAUGGGGGUGCUGAUCCCACUACUACUACUACCACUACUACAGCUGAUGCUGCUGAUGCUGCUGAUGCUGGCACUGCAAAUACCAGUAUACAGUCUUAGAGAGUGUAGUAAUAUGGAGAAGACUGUCCCGCUGUGUGUGUGUGUAUGUGUGUGUGUGUGUGUGUGUGUGGUUAAAUUACUACUGGCUAUUGCUGCUGCUGCUGCUGCUGCUGCUGCUGCUGCUGCUGCUGCUGCUGCUGCUGCUGCUGCUGCUGCUGCUGCUGCUGCUGCUGCUGCUGCUGCUGCUGCUGUGAACCUGCCAUCACUGUAAGUACUUCAUGUAAAGGUAUGAGGCAGUAUGAUCUGCACUUGCUCACCUACUGGCACUUCACACACACAGCACAGCAUACUGUGAAUAGUCCAGCGCAGGAAGCUGGCCAGCACACUACCAUAGCUCCAUAGCUCUUGCAGACGCUUACUCCUUUUAGAAAAGCAGCAUAUCACGUGCGGCUAUCUGCCCCCUACACGUUGUGUGGGGCUAACAGUGAUGGUAGCGUAGUGCUGCAACUGGCAAUGCCAUCAUCACAUUGUAGGCUUUUCAAGAGAGUGGCUGUAAACAAUGUGCAUAUCGCUGUGGACAUGCCAUUGCAACUGUCUAGUGUUGAUUCUAGGAUCUCUUCUUCCUGCGUGUGUAUGGCCUGUACACCGCAGAUUCCUGUGCAUAUCACAGUGUACAUGUGUGUAAUGCAUUCAAACUGCUCUCUCUCUCUCUCUCUCUCUCUCUCUCUCUCUCUCUCUCUCUCUCUCUCUCUCUCUCUCUCUCUCUCUCUUUCUUUCUCUGUCUGUCUGUCUUUAUCUAUCAAUCAUCUAUCUCCCUCCCCCCCCCCCUCCCUUCCCCUCUUUCUGGGUACACGCGUAUUGUCUGACAGGUGUGUGAUCACCAGCACUACUAGAAAAGCACAUUGCACUGUGUCCUGUCAUUGUUUAUGGACUGAUCUAUCACCUUCAGUAGAGACUUGCAUAGUUGGGCAGGGAAGGACUGUUGCCAGGCCAACUGCACCACGUUUUUCAAGCUGUUAUGUGUUUUUACAUCUUUAAAUUGCAUCACUAGUGCACUGGAUCAUGGAUGUUUCAGUUCAUAAAAUUAUAAACAAUAUGUCUUGAGGUGAUUGUACUUGCUUAGAAACUUGUGUCAAUUUAAAAACCUGUGUAAGUGUCACUAUGCUCAUCUCCGCUAUUUCAAUCUAUUCAUGGGUCUUUCUGCACCAUGUCCAUUUUGACCCUUUUCAAAGUUUUGUUAAUGAUCUCGUGUCUAACUUUCCAUUGCCUCUGUUUUUAAUGAACCCUGAUCACUAUUAUUCCAUGCC